AUGCAAGAAUAUAAUGCUCUUAAUGCUACUUAUAUUGAAAUAAAACUUGACAAUAAUGAAUGGAUAGAUGAUGUAUUAUCUGAUAAUAUGACAAGCGAAGAAUUUAAUGAAGAAGCUUCAAGUGAAGAUUCUAUUAGUAUUGAAGCUUCAAGCAAAGAUGAUAAUUCAAUUGAAGAAUUAAAUUAUAAAAAUUCAAGUGAAAUAUCUAAUAAUAAUGAAAUAAUAAGUGAAGAAUCUAAUGAUUGUAUGAUGAAUGAAGAGGGUCCUGAUAAAAUUGUUGAUAAGUCCUUAAGCAAAGAACAAAUGCCAUCAAUUAGUGAAAAGUUCACACCAUAUUUUAAUAAUAUCAUGGAAACAUUAAUGUUUUGUUGA